GCUAUGCUAUGACUGCCACACCCAUACCCAUACCCAUGCUAUGGACUGUCGUAUGUGUGAAAUACAGUACAGUAGGCAUUGAUAUUGAAUGCAAUAGACGAUUGUGUGCAACACUACAGACAUAGCAUUAUAUGUAUUGCUAUAUAAGCUAUAAUACCAUACAUUAUAUACAUAUACUCUAUAUAUGUAUGAAGUGAAGGACAUUACAUAUAACACAAACGUAUUGACCAAACCAUUGAAUUUAUAUAUCAAUGAAUUACGGGCUGUGAGUAGUGGACACCUGCGAGUCGAUGGUUAGUCAAUGAAGAGUCAAAGUGACCACUAAUUGUCAGCCAUGUAUCACACGAUUGCAUAGAAGUGCCAUCAUUUGACCCAUUGAUGGCCCACAAGAGGCCCGAGAGUGCACUCAACCACAACCACCAGUGAUACCACCAAUUGAUGACUCCGAUGACAGUGCGUCUGUUUUGCCAAUCAUUAAUCAACAACAUUACCAUCAACUGUAUCAUCACGUGAAGCACUCAUUUAACUAUUUGAUUGUUUUCAUAUUGAAAGAUACCGUUUGUUUGCAUCACUCGCCGAUCGGCAACAAUACUUGAGUCAAGUCAUCACUCAAUCUAUAUCUUUGAUUUGUUGGGAGAUUUACAACAAUCUCUUCAAUGAUAAACAGUUGGUUAACAAGUGAUUCGUUGUUUAAUUAAAGCAAAAAGACGGCAAAGAGAUCGUAAACGUUUACAACGAUUGCCAUAAAUAUUGGCACAAAUAGUGUCUGUAUUGUUGUUUGUGUUGCUUUAAGUGGUGACCACUUGAAGACAACACCUCGAGAACCCUUCAAAACGGGGAUCUCAGUUAUGGCCUGUUGUCUGAGCGAAGAGGCGAAGGAACAAAAGAGAAUUAAUCAGGAGAUUGAACGCCAGCUCCGCAAAGACAAACGCGAUGCCCGACGGGAACUCAAACUACUACUUCUCGGCACUGGAGAGUCGGGAAAGAGUACAUUCAUUAAACAGAUGCGAAUAAUUCAUGGGUCGGGCUAUUCGGAUGAAGACAAGAGAGGGUUCAUCAAACUUGUCUAUCAGAAUAUCUUUAUGGCUAUGCAAAGCAUGAUUAAAGCCAUGGAUUUGCUCAAAAUCCCUUAUAAAGAUUCAAGAAAUUCAGAAAAUGCAGAUUUAGUGCGUUCUGUAGACUACGAAACGGUUACCACAUUUGACAGUCCAUUUGUUGAAGCCAUCAAACAAUUGUGGUCUGACUCUGGAAUCCAAGAAUGUUAUGAUAGGAGGAGAGAGUAUCAGCUCACAGACUCUGCCAAAUAUUACCUGAGUGAUGUCGAUAGAAUCGCUGCCACUGAUUACUUGCCUACACAACAAGAUAUUCUUCGAGUCCGAGUGCCUACUACUGGCAUCAUUGAGUAUCCGUUUGAUUUAGACUCUAUCAUAUUUAGAAUGGUAGACGUUGGCGGCCAAAGGUCGGAGCGGCGAAAAUGGAUUCACUGUUUUGAAAAUGUAACUUCAAUUAUAUUCUUAGUCGCCUUAAGUGAAUACGACCAGAUCUUAUUCGAGUCAGACAACGAGAACCGUAUGGAAGAAAGCAAAGCGCUAUUUAAGACGAUCAUCACAUAUCCCUGGUUUCAAAACUCAUCAGUUAUUCUCUUUCUAAAUAAGAAAGACUUAUUAGAAGAAAAGAUAAUGUAUUCCCAUCUCGUCGACUAUUUUCCUGAAUAUGACGGGCCAAAGAAAGAUGCGAUACACGCGCGAGAAUUUAUAUUAAAGAUGUUUGUCGACCUCAAUCCCGAUAGUGAAAAGAUAAUAUAUUCUCAUUUUACGUGUGCCACAGACACGGAAAAUAUCCGGUUUGUAUUCGCAGCCGUAAAGGAUACUAUACUUCAGCUUAAUUUAAAAGAAUAUAAUUUGGUUUAAUAGUCAUUAAGUGAUUCUUUUAAAAUAUAAAUAUAAACAUUUGUAUUGUUAUUGAAAAAUGAAAAUUAUUAAUAUUUAAUAAUUGAAUGAAAAGAACCGUAAAAGAGGUCUGUUUUUUGAUUGAUAUUAAGUGAAGAUUGAAAUGAGAGGAAGAUAUGCGAAGAAUUUUUGGAAACAUUUUUAAAAAAGUUGUACAAAUUUGUUAUAAUUAAGUGUUUUUAUAUAUAUAUAUAAAUAAUAAUAAGUGUCAGUCAAUGUGUGCGCCAAACUAAACAACCGCUUUUGAUGAGCAAUACAUCGGGAGGAUUACUAACGAACUGUUGGUGUGAAUUGAGUGCCGGACUGUUGCAUCACUCCAUCUCCAUCUCUCCAUUGAAUGCAUUGGCCAUAACUAUUAUGAAGUGCAGCUCUCUGUGCAGUAUAAAUGAUUAUUUUAAACAAAUUAUACAUAUAAUUAAUAAUAAUAAUAAUAAAACUGAUUUUGAAUAAUAAUUAUUAAACAAAACGGUUUAAGUACUUGUAUUGCAUCAAAACAACACUUUCAUUGUGCACAUCAAAUCAAAUCAUUUGUAUUAGCCAUCAAAAAAAAACUUCAAAACAAAUUUCAGCCAACAUUCAGACAUUCAUAACUCUCGGGGACUCCAAAAGUCAAACUACUAAAUAAUAGUGCAAUUUAUUUGUUAAUUUGCAACACAAAACCAGCUAAAGAUAGGAUGAAAUGUUUUUACUGAAUCUAAUCUGAAGACAACUUUUUUUAUUUGACUAAAAGUUAUUUUCUCGUAUAUUAUUCAACGCUUUGCUAUAUUAGAAGUUGAUUGACUGAUACCGAUAAGAUAUACAUUAAUGGACACCCGAUUGAUGGACAAAUUGGGCAAAAUUUAGUAUUAUAAUUAUAUAUUGACUGAUUUCAACAAAACUCCUCUAUAAUUGAAUUGUUAUUAUUUAAUAAUUUUUGUCAUAAGUUACUCUUCUUACAAAUGAAACAAAUAAUUUUGAUUUGACAUUUGAUUUAAUAACGAGUGAUAACAACAAAAAAAAACAAAAGUAAUUUUACCACAAAAACAACAAAACCUAUGAUAAUAUUUUGUUUUUAAACAAUACAACAAAAAGUUUCACUGAAGACAAAAGUAUUGAUUAUAUGGUGUAUUAUAUUAAUUAACUUUAUUAGUAUUAUUAUUAUUU